AUGACGUACUCACUGUCGCUGCUGUUGACCCGUUCCAACAAAGCCAACGACCGCAACCACGUCGCCCUCGCCGAUGGCACUGCCGUCGCCGAAGAUCGUCUUCCUCGCUACUUCGCCAAGUCUGGUCACGUCGACGCUGACCCUACUGGUGUCAAGAAGCACGGUGGUGGCCGCGGCAACUGGGGCAAAGAUGGAGUUGAAGCCGAAGACUUAGGCUACAGCAUGGCCAAAGACCGCCGUCGAUCCAACUCGUCCACCCAGGUUCUCAGUGACUUCAAAACCAAGUUCGAGACCAGCGAUGUCGAUCCCGUCUUCGAGGAGGAACUCCACGGUCCGACCGACGAGGACUACGAGAAGGCCAGCAUGGCUAGCAUCGAGAAGGAAGACUCUACCGACAGCGCUCGUUCCGUCGACCUUGAUGGCGAGGACGCUGCUGUCAAGAAGUAA